UGCACCAUCCUUCCUAAGAGUCCCCGCGCGGCCCCCUGACAAUGGCCCGUCCCGCACAUCCCUCGUCAGGUCACGAGCCUGGGCUGGUGCAGUUGGUGAACUACUACAGGGGGGCGGACAAACUAUGUCGCAAAGCUUCUUUAGUGAAGCUAAUCAAGACGAGCCCAGAGCUGGCCGAGUCCUGCACAUGGUUCCCCGAGUCCUAUGUGAUCUACCCCACUAACCUCAAGACCCCGGCUGCUCCUGCGCAGAACGGAAUCCACCCACCGAUCCCUAGCUCGAGGACGGACGAAAGGGAAUUCUUCCUGGCUUCUUAUAACAAAAAGAAGGAAGACGGAGAGGGCAAUGUUUGGAUUGCAAAGUCAUCCUCCGGUGCCAAAGGUGAAGGCAUCCUCAUCUCCUCGGACGCUGCGGAACUUCUGGAUUUCAUAGACAACCAGGGCCAGGUGCACGUGAUCCAGAAAUACCUCGAGCGCCCUCUGCUGCUGGAGCCGGGGCAUCGCAAGUUCGACAUUAGAAGCUGGGUCUUGGUGGACCACCAGUACAAUAUCUACCUCUAUCGAGAGGGCGUGCUGCGGACUGCGUCAGAACCGUAUCAUGUUGAUAAUUUUCAAGACAAAACCUGCCACUUGACCAAUCACUGCAUUCAAAAGGAAUAUUCAAAGAACUAUGGGAAGUAUGAAGAAGGGAAUGAAAUGUUCUUUGAGGAGUUCAAUCAGUACCUGAGCAGUGCUUUGAACAUUACCCUGGAGAAUGCUAUCUUAGUACAAAUCAAACAUAUCAUAAGGAGCUGCCUCCUGAGCGUGGAGCCCGCCAUCAGCACCCGGCACCUCCCUUACCAGAGCUUCCAGCUGUUCGGCUUCGACUUCAUGGUGGACGAGGAGCUGAAGGUCUGGCUCAUCGAGGUCAACGGCGCCCCUGCUUGUGCUCAGAAGCUCUAUGCAGAACUGUGCCAGGGCAUCGUGGACAUAGCCAUUUCCAGCGUCUUCCCGCCCCCCGACGCCGAGCCGCAGGGCCAGCCGGCCGCGUUCAUCAGGCUGUGACCGGAGACGCGUGGGGUCCUGCUCCAGGAGAGACGCCCCAUGGCUCCAGCGAAGCCACAGUGAGAAAGAGGCAGCUCACAAGGCUGUGAUGGAGGCGGGAGUGCGAGAGCGAAGGUGCCCCCAAGGGGCUCCGGGUGGAGCUCUCUGCACUGCUACCCAGACUUGAAAACUGCAACGAAUUUCCCCGAGGGGAGAGCAAGACGUUCUUCUAAGGGGAAAACACGGGGAUUCGGUUGUCGUCCUUGAAAGCAGCAGAUUUCUAUGCGAAGGCCGUCCUGAAAGCAGCGCCUCUCCUCCCGGGGCCACUGGACCUGUGCGUGCUCUCGGUCUGCUGCAGCCCUCGUGCCUUAGCUCGGUGCCCAGCUGCAACCUCUGUCCUGCGGGGCUGAUGCUAGAGCGUUUGGGAGGUCGCCCUGUGUCCCUGCUCUUCCCCCCUGACACUCUGCCUGUGAGACUCGGACCGGCAUGCGCCGUGGCCCUGGGUUCCGUGCUGUGCGCUGCCUCAAAGGGCAGGGCGUUGUCCUCAUCCUGUUCCUGAAGGCACUGGGUCAGUCUCCGGUCGGGGUGGGUGUGGCUGGGCACCAAUAUAGCAAACGCUGCUGUCAGUCUGCUCUCUGCAUGUUUUAGAAACCGAGCAGCAAGUUUGCCACAAGCCUGCAAGCAUCAAAAAGCAUGAGAGAAAAA